UGCGAUUUACCACGAACUUCCUAUAUACACGUCCAUGGACUUACUGGACAGCGACACAAAGCCUGUCUUCUCGUGUAAAUGGUGUAAUUAUCCCUCAUUCAACGAAUCAACUAGGCUGCUAUAGGUCUCUCUGCGCAACGCAAUCAUCACUUUUCAUAUUGGAGAUUUCGCAAGAAAACAUUCUGCAAUCUAAACUUAGCCGAUGAGCCAUUGAGAUGAAAAGGGAAAUAACUAGGAAUGUAGUGUCACAGUUACGCUUCCUGGAUUUGUCAACCUCACAUGAAUCGCUGACGCUAAGGUGUACAACAACUUGAGUCACUCUUUUCAGUGUUUAACAUGGCAAGUUUCUUCGGUAAAAAGCCAACAGUGGAACAACAAAUCCGUCAAAAUGACAAAAUCCUUAAAAAACAGCAGCGUGAUCUAGAAAGAGACAGGGGCGCCCUUGACCGAGAGGAGAAAAAAUUGGAAAUGGAGAUUAAAAAAGCUGCAAAGCAAGGCAAUAAGCAGGCAGCAACUAUCCUGGCAAAGCAGCUAGUUGCCUUGAGAAAGCAGAGGACAAAGAGCUAUUCCAUGGGGUCCAAGAUACAGUCUAUUGGCAACCAGCAAAAGAUGAUGCACUCAAACAUGAAAAUGGCAAAUGCAAUGGGUACGACGACCAAGACCAUGACUCAAAUGAACAAAGUAAUGGAUCCUCAGAAGACAAUGCAGGUCCUCAAAGAAUUUGAAAAAGAAUCGACCAAGAUGGAAAUGUCAGAGGAAAUGAUUAAUGACACGCUGGAUGACAUUCUAACGGAAUCUGGAGAUGAAGAAGAACAAGAUGCUGUUGUUAACCAGAUCCUUGAUGAGAUUGGCAUUGAAAUCACUGACAAGAUGCUGAAUGCUCCAUCAGCAGCACAUAGUAAGAUUGGGGAGACAUCAAAGAAAGGAAUAACAGACAGUGACAUUGAAAAGCAGCUUGCAGCUCUGAAAGACUUAUGAGUGAUGGAAAUUAUAAAUUAACUGCUAGCAUGCUUGUGGUGCACUGAUCUAAAGGGUGUCAUUUCUGUGCUGUCCCAUUAUACCAUUUCAAUUGCUCAUGCAUUCAUGUCAUGGACAUUAUGUUAAACUGAAGCUUGUGAAAUAAAAUGUGUCAGUAUGUGUGCAGAAAAAUAUAUUAUAAUUAUUAUAUUUUCUAAAAAUAAUUAGAGUAUAAUUUCUGAUGUAAUUUGGUCAAAGAACUCUUUAUACUAUUCUGGUUUUUAUUACAUGCAGAGUGUACUUUGAAAAGAUUGUGCUUGUUAUAGGAACUUAAACUGAAAGAGUUCUAAAUGCAUUUCUAAAAGGUAGCAGAUCACAGAGUUCUUGAGUUCCCCUCCCUCUCCACCCCCUAACUUCCCCAUAGUAGCACAAUAAACUUAAUGUUUAGAAUAACUUUGUGUCAACUAGCAGCAUAGAGUUUUGCAGUGUUGUUGACAUUUGACAUUGCUAGUCAUUAUUUACCAGAAUACUUAAUGAGAGGAAAGUUUGUAGGACACACACAUAUAUAUAUUGAAGCAAGUCUUUAUACAUUCAGGUUGCAUAUAUUGCACUAAUAUUGCGCUGUACAUGUUAUGCAUUGCAAAAUAAAGUUCCUCUAGUUAAACAUAUAUAACCAGAGGUGAAAGGCUGAGUUGAUAUUGAACAGGAACCCCAGUUCAUUCUUACUGAUAGGGUCAUACUGCUGUUAUUACUUUACCACAAGAAUUGAUUGUUGAUAUUAGUUAUUUGAAGUGGAUUUGAGACCUUGCAAAAACUAAAUGGGUCAUAAUACUAGUGAUGGGGACUGGGUUGGAGACCUUGCAAUAUGCUAAACCUAUCUAUUUAAAAAUAUUUGUACUGCAGGUUAUCUUGAGAAAAAAACUAAAGGAGCUUUUAACUCUGUUAGUGAACAUGAAUCCAGAUGUCUAGGAGUGUGUUUCAAUUCUUAAAUUGCAUACACAUUAAAAUUUGUGCCACUUGAGGAAGUGACUAGUGUUCGCCUCCAUGUGACUCAUUAUGCAAAUAGCAGUGGAGGUUAUUAGGAGAACUGUAAGUUUGCUGUCAAAGAAAUUGUAUUUUUUCCAGUGUAUUAUUAGCAUUUUAUUAUUUGUGUAAAAUGGUUUUAUGGUUUAGAGCUUAAUGUAUAUGCAGUGUAUUGUAUGUAUGUGUGUUUAGAUGUGUGUGAGAGAGAGAUCUUGGACUGUUUAUUUCAUAUUGUGAAAAAUUGUUAUCGCUAAUGGAAUUAUUACCUGUAGGUAAAUGAAAAUUGUUUUAAAGUCUUCAAAACUGCAUCAGAUAAUGAAAUGGGCCUCUGAAUCUUGGGGACUUAAGGCCAUUAUAGGCUGCUUCUUGGUAUAUUUUAACUGUACCCACUUUGAAACUCAAAAUAUACACUAUAAAGAGUAUUAAUGCAUCAGAUGAUUGUUUUGUUAUUGUUUGCUUCAAUAACUGACAGGACUAGCACGUUAACAUAGUAAACCAGUCAUGUUGACAGCAGCAUACUUCUCUGCUCAAUGUGGUUCAUGUUGAACUAAAUGUUGGUUGAAGCUUUCAUUGGGUACAAGUUUUAAUUUAAUGACUUCUUGAUCUUGUUUACCAAAUCAAAACAAAGAGUGAAGGUCUGAAUGCUGUGAAUAGUUUAUCAAAAUGAUUGAUUUGUUAAAUUAAACACAAUUAAUUGCAUU